UCAUAUAAACGCUUAUGACACACAUAUAAAUAUUCAUACACACAUAUAAAACUCAUACUUCACAUAUACACAAAGUUCAUUAAUCAUAUGUAUGAAGUUGUGUACUCAAGGUGGUGUGUGCAACAUAAAACAGGUGGAGACACGGCCACGCGAGACGCCAGUUGGAAAAUGGCGGACUGCGAGAAGGAGGAGGCACACAAUCUCCAAAUGGAGUUCGAGUGGGUGCUCCACGAAGAAGUGCACUCCUCAUUGUCGCAGCUCAGGAAUAUUUUGAUGGAAUGUGCUCAACGCUUUCCACUGGCUCUCUUCGGUAACGAUCAGCACAAUAAAACCGACAGAUUUGUUUUUGCAGCUCCACAUGAUCAAGUAAAGUGUGUUGCUGUUCUGACAGGCGACAGUAUCACAAAUGCGGAAGUGAAUUUUAAGGUACAGCGACAACAGAAUGUCAAUAUGAGAACAAGUAUUCAAAGUGAGCAUCCGUGGAAGUUGCAACAAAUUCAAGAUGCUGCUAAUCAUUUACAGCAAGGCAUCGCUCAUAUAGACAAUGUAGACAGACAUUAUCUUUUUAAAACAUCGGAUGAAGUUAUGCAUGUGCUAGGUAAUAUUUUGGGCUGCCUUCAGAGGAGCAGAACUAGCUUGAUCGUCCCUAGGAAGAAGACAAUUGAUGAUCUCAUUAAAAGUCGGAAUAUGAAAUCUCUCAAUCCAAACCUCCCAGAAAAUUUGGCCAUUAGCUUUUACAUUCAAAGCUAUAAAUUAGUUUUAGCUGUUUAUCAGUUAGAAAAUGCUCACGGCAGUGUUAAGUACGAAACCCAGCAAGCAGAAUGCAGCGUACCAUGGCUGAAUGACGCUCUAGUAUUGCUUACUAUUGCCCUACAACUUUGUCAACGACUAAAAGACAAGAUAUGUGUCUUUUCUCAAUAUAAAGAUUUUACGGUAGGUUCUCGUGUUCCUUCUGCAAUGGGCUGGUAACCUAACACCAAGAUUCGUUUUCGAAUAAAAUUCAAUAUAACGUACGAUGAUACAUGCAAGUGAGAAAGAUUUGGCCUCAACUGGUAACAUUUGCUCUGGCCUUUGUUUUUACAUAUGUUAAUUGUUGUCCUUUCAUCGUAUUUCUCAUUGCACUAGAGUGUUGUUCUAAACGUUUUUAAACGUGAUUAUAGUGUGCGCCUAGUAUAAUAAUGUAUGAUAUAUUGUAAGCUAUUAAGAUACCCGAUUAAAGAUUCACAUGGAGAUGUGAGUCACCAACGGAUAAUAACAAAUCACAAUAUAUUAUUAGGCCAGAAAUGGAAGACUUUAAGAGCAUUUUGCCAAUUACUGGUGUGCCUAUCACCAUGUUAAUAUACUGUGUUCUUCCCAUUUCUGUAGUAGUUUUUCAUAACCGUGUAAAUUUAACUUUGGCAUAUGUCAUCUAAAAUUUGUCACUUUACCUACGAAUUGAUAGAAAAGU